AUGGCUAUGGCUUAUCUCGGAUCAAAGAAAGCCAACGCCGCCGCACUAAUGUCGUCGCCGUCCCUUUCACCCUACCAACGCAUCUUAACCCAAGACGAACUCAAAAAAAUCGCCGCCUACAAGGCCGUCGAGUUUGUCGAAUCCGGCAUGGUUCUUGGCCUCGGAACUGGCUCCACCGCCAAACACGCUAUUGACCGUAUCGGAGAGCUUCUCCAGCAAGGAAAACUAAGCAACAUCGUCGGAAUACCCACUUCGACGAUGACUCAUGAGCAGGCUUUGUCGCUGGGCAUACCUCUGUCGGACCUUGACAACCACCCUGUUCUCGAUUUGGCCAUUGACGGAGCAGAUGAGGUUGACCCAGAUAUGAAUUUGGUCAAAGGCCGAGGCGGAUCGUUGCUUCGUGAGAAAAUGAUCGAAGGUUGUUGCAAGAAAUUCGUCGUGAUUGUCGAUGAAUCCAAACUGGUGGACUAUGUCGGAGGAAGUGGGUUAGCCAUGCCGGUUGAAAUCGUUCCUUUUUGCUGGAAAUUCACAGCGCAGAAGCUUCAAUCGUUGUUUGAAGAAGCCGGUUGUGUUGCAAAGCUUCGGACUUCGCCGGAAAAUGGUAAGCCAUUUGUGACUGAUAAUGGGAAUUUCAUUAUCGAUUUGUAUUUCAAGAAAGACAUUGGGGAUUUGAAGGCUGCCGGCGAUGCAAUUUUAAGACUGGCCGGAGUGGUAGAACAUGGAAUGUUUCUUGACAUGACAACUACUUUGAUAGUCGCCGGAGAACUAGGAGUUACCGUGAGGCAUAAAUGUUAG